AAUAUAACCAAUUUAAAUUUUCAAAUGUGAUGUGCCAAAUAAUUUUGAGUAUUACAAAAUAAGUACAAUUUUUUUUAUAAGUUGAAAGUGAAAAUUUUCAUCAUUUAGUUUUCAGUUUCAAAUUUGUUAUCAUGAGUGAAGGAAUAUUUGGGUUAUCAUAUUCUCUUAAUUUAUCUUUUAAUGAUAAAUCUCCGAACAACAGCAAUUGCACAGAAUCAUGUAUCAAAUAUGUUAAAAUCAAUAAGGAUAAUACCAUUCAAACUAACUCUGCAUCUCCUUUAACUUUAAUCGAAUCAGCAGUUCCUCCAGCACUUCAAAAUGUAUUAAAUCAUUAUGGAGUUCAAGCAAAAACAUUACGUACCAAAAAUUCGUCAUCACUGGAGGUUUCAUCCCAAAAUAUUCCAAAAGAAUCUUCUGCUGUGAAUGAUCUUACAUUUUCUAUUUUCAAAAAAAUUCAAGAAGAUUCUGAUUUAAAUUCAACUGCUUGUCAGAGUUCUUCCACUAAGCAAACAAAUGUUCCUCUAAAAAUUGAUAAUCAGAAGGUCGGUUAUCGAAAAACUGAAACUGAAAAGAGUACAGUAAAACCUAAAAGCAAGAAAAGAAAACAUACCGAUAGAGGUUCAGAUUUCAAACGACAUGAAAAUUCUGCAGGAGAUUCCCUCGAUAAAAUUCACAAAGGAACACAUUGUAGUAAUACUCUAUCGGUUUCUAAAAAAAUUAAAAUUUAUCAAGAUGUGGUGAUAAAAAGUGCUGACGAAGGUGGUUGCAAUGGUUAUACUAAUGAAGCAGAACAAAUGGUUGAGAAAUAUCAAUAUCACAUUUUAAAUUCAUGUCAUCAAAGUUUCAACAGAGAUAAUGAAGAAGUCAAUAGAAUUCAAUUGAAAGUUGGAGGCUCUAUGGACGAAGAGCAAAAUUUGAAACAUGUUGUUCAAAUGAAUGAAACCUCAUCUUAUAGAUCUGAAAAUGUCAAAACAAUAAUAUCACAUUUAGAUAAGGAAGAAACAAGAAUACCUGAUUCGUUAGCAGAAUCUGAGGAUCAAAUUAAAAUUGAAUAUAAUGAAAGAAGAGAAAAACCAAAGAAAAAACAUAAACAUUCCAAAAAUCUAGAUGAGAUUGAUUUAUUUUUGAAAAUUAACCACCAGGACACAUCAUUUAUUGAUAAGAAAAAUAGUAAAGUAGUUGAAAUGAAAACUACUCUUCCAGAGUUACCUGAACAAAUACCAUCCAACCAGAAAAAGACACUACAUAUUUCCACUGGAAAAAAUACCAUAUUAAAUUCUCCUCAUAAUCAACGAAACAUAUUAGAGGAACCAAAUUGUAAAAAUAUCAAUGUAUCAUGGAAAUUGGAUCAAGAAGAAAAAAAUGAUGAGAAAUAUCAAUUUCACACAGCUCUUCAUGAACAUUCAAAUGUAAGUAAUUUUGAAGUUUAUAGAAAACAGUUAUUCACUGAAGAUAUCGAUGAAACAAUCUGUGGGAAUGAACAGUCAAAUUUAAAUAACAAAAAGUGUUUGGAAGCAUGUCGAGAAACACAAAAUUCAAAUACAUCCCCAGAAAUUACAAUUGUUAGAGAAGAUAUUAAUGAAGAAGAAAUAAAAUUCAAGAAAGUUAAAGAUGAAAAAACUGAAGAUGCUACAACAGAAAAUGUUAGCCUAUGUCGUAUGAUUGAACAGCCGAUACAGUCGGUAAGAAAAUAUGAUAUAGAAAAAUUAGAUAAUAUUCUUACUCCUAUUAGGAACAGUGGUAUGAAGCAGGGAAAUUCAAAGAAAAAUACAAUUGUUGAUAUCCAAGAAAAAACAGCACAUAGUCGAAAUGUUGAAAUUAAUAUAUCAAAAGAAACAGAAAUUGAAGAGUCAUGUGAGAAUCAAGAUAAAGGUCAAUCUAAAAUUCUUUCAAAAAGUGAUGAUAUUAAGGAAGAAAAAGCAAAGUUGGUCCAAAAAGAAAAUCCUCAUCAGGAGAGUGAUAUACAAGACAUGAUAAAUGCAAAUCCAAACAAAAAUUCAAUUCGAACAAGAAAAAAACAACAAAUGACGACUUCGUAUGAUAAUGGCGAAAAUUCAGAAGGAAAAUCUAAAAAUAAAUUAGUAGACAGCAUUUUAAGGGAAACAAUUGAUGUAAUCCAUAGUCCUAAGAAUAAAAGUACUGAAGUUGGAAAUGACUGCAAAAUUGAUGAAAUAGCUAAAAGUAAUGAUACUUCUUCUGACCACCACGAACCAGUGGAGAAUCAGAAGUCCAUUAAAAUAAAAAAGCACAAAAAAUUGUUUGAUGUGAAUAAUGAACAAUUAAGUUACAAUAAUAAUCCUAAGCAGUUGAAUUCAAUAGAAAAACAUCAAGAUCAAUCCAAUAAUAUUCCCAUUCUUUUAGAAACCACAAUUAGUGGGAAGACUAUUAAGAAGGAGGUAAGAAAGGGCAUAUUGGACUGUCAAUCUCAUGAAACUAUUAAGAACAAAAUUCAAAAUGAAAUAAAUCUUUCAGAAAAUGCGGUGCAAAUAUUCCAUGAAGGGCGAUAUAUCGAUGAAUUCGAUGUGAGUGAAAGUGCAAAUGUAAGAAGUGAACAGAAAAAAGUUCGAAAAUCUAGAAAAAAAAUUUUUGAAGAGAUACAAGAUAUGGACUCAAAAAAAAACCAAAUUCUACAAAUUGCAUCAGAAAUGGAAGAAAACAUUGGCGAUAGUAAACAAAAAGAAUCCGAUAAUAAAUUAAAUAGUGAGAGUAUUCAGAAAACAACAAGUGUAGAUAGAAUCAUAAAAAAAGGUGAAAUGGAAACAAAAAUUUCAACUCCGACAAAUAAAAAGGGCAAAGUAAAUGAAAAGAAAAAGGGCGAUGAAGGUAGUACAAAAUAUCUUGUUGAAAAAACAAAAAACAAUAAAUCAAAGAUUCAAUUAGAUGAUCAUAUUUCUAAUAUACUUUUCUCUAAAAUCGAAGAUUUUUUCAAAGAAUUAGACAGUGGAGGAAGUGAUUACGAAAGUGACAAAGGCAAAAAUAAAAAGGUACCACAAAUAAAAGAAAACAAAAAUAAAAUAAAUAAUUCAGAUACUGAGCACAAAAAAGACACAAUCAUACAAUUGAAAUCAGAUGACAAUUUGAAUACAUCCACGCUAAUCAGUACAGAACCAGAUUUCGACAAUCUUUUUGAUGACGUAGAUGAAAAAUUAUUAAGUGACAUAGAAAAGGAAUACCAUGAAAUGCAAUCCUGCAUGACUCCUGAGAGGACACUUCCAGUUGAGCCUAUUGAAAAUAAGUGCAAAAGAAUGAAAUAUAAUUCAUUUGUAGAGAAUUCAUCACCUCGUACAAAACAAGCAAAAGAUACUGUAAUUGACAAUGAUGACAUGGACCUAGAAUUCUCAGAAGAUCCAGAGUUAGAAUACAAAAAAAUGCAAUCUUACAUAUUUAAUCAAGAGAAUACACCUGAUUCAGAAAUAAAAAAAAAGACUAAUUGUAAAGAUUUUGGGGAAAAUCAUCCUGAAAGUAAAAUGAUUGCACCUUCAAGAACAAAUAAAGUUCCAGGAAUAACUAAUUUGAUAUCCCAGUCCGGUAGUAACAAAAUUAAAAAUGUAAAAAGUAAUUCAUACGGUAAUUAUGACAGUGAAGCUGAAGCAGUAAUAAGAGACACAGCCAUUAAUAAGAGACAGUCAUUAUCCCCUCUGAAAAAUCAUAUGAAAAAUUUUAAAAUCUUGAAUUCCAAUCAGAAUUUUGUUGAUGGUCAUACAACUGAUAAACAAGAGAUAGAGAAUAAAGAAAAUGAGCCUGAAAAGGGUACAGGAGCAAGUGAAACCAGCAUUCAGGAUAGUACUAAAAGUUCUCUAAAUGAUAGUUUUAUAAAUACAAAUAAAGAUAGUUCUUCUGUUCCAGCUAAAGAAAUUCAGAAAAAUAGUGAAACCUUUAUAGCAAAUGAGUGCAAGCCAAUUACUGAAAUUCAUUUAAGUGACCACCAAUCAUGUGUUGAAAGUGAUACAAAUACUGAGGCUGAAUCAUAUAUAAACACCUUUAUUCAGCACUCAAAACUACUUAUGGAUAUCGAAGCAGAAUUGGACGAUUACGCAGAUAUCGAGGAAACUUUCUUCAAAUCUGACGAUGACAAGCAAAGUCAAAAUGUAAGUUUUGACAUUGAAAAGUGUUCCGAAGAAAAUGCUAAUGGAGUUGUACUUAAUAAAGAAGCUUCAAUAAAAUCUCCAAAGAAACAUAAAAAAAUGGAAGAUAAAAAUGAAAACAAUAAGCCUGUCAAGGAAAGUUCACUUGGAAGUAAAAUUACAAAAAUUAAAUUCUCUCCAAAUAAAAGUAAUAAAGUUGGAAAUGAAGGGGGUAAUACUGGACAUAAAUAUAUUAUGCAUAAAUUUUUAGAGGAAAACUCAAACAAUAUAUCUAACGCUGAAGUUUCAAUAAAAACACCCAAAAAACAUCAAAAAACUUCAACUCGAGAUACAUAUAUUAUGCAUAAAUUUUUAGAAGAAAACUCAAAUAAUACAUCUAACAAUGUUUCAAUAAAGACACUUGAAAAACUUCAAAAUACUCCAACUGAGGAGAAAAAAGAAUUCUCUGAAAGUAAAUGUGACAGAACUAAAAAUGACGAGGAAAAUACUCAAAACAAAAUUAAUGGACCUAAAUGUAGAAGUAUCUUAGAUUUCUUCAGAAAAGAAAAUAUUAAAACUGCUGUGUAUGAAAAUAAAUCGAUUGAAGAUCCCGUUUCAAAUGAAACUGGGAAUAACAACAAAGAUUCAUUACCUUCCAAUGAAGUUCAAAUUAAGACAAAUAUCGAGAAAACCUCCUUAAUACCAGGCAAAGACGACAUGCAAUGUCAAGAUGAGAAUUCUGACAUCGAAAAAUGUAAAAAAGAAACCACAAAUAGAGUUGUACCUAAUAAAGGACCUUCAUUGAAGUCGCCAAAGGAAAGUCAUGGAAUAUCAAAUGAAAACGAUAAUACUGAUAGAGAAAGUUUUCUCCAAACCGAGGUCAAAAAAAUUAUAUUUUCUGUAGAUAAAAGUGAUAUAUUGGAAAAUGAAGUUGGUAAUAUUCCAAAUACAUGUAUCGUGCACAAAUCUUCAGAAGAAAAAUCAAUUAAAAUCAUAUCUUACGAUGAAGUUCCAGUGAAGACACCUAAAAAACAUCAAAGAAUACCAGUCCAAAACGAUAAAUCUUCCAGGAAAGGAAAUAUUAAAAACAAGAGAAAUAGGAGUCCCACUGAAGUUAAAAGUGAUAACGUCCAGAAAAAGGAAGAAUAUAGUAAAAACCGGUAUAUUCCUAACUCUUCUGAGGAAAAUUCAAAUAAAAUUAUAUCCGACAAUGAAGUUCAAAUAACACCAGCUGUGAAGGAUAAAACUUCUAGGAAAAGUUCAAUAAAAAAUGAGAAUAACAAAGGAAAGAUAUCUGGAAAAAAAUGGGACAGAUUUAAGAAUGAAGAGGAAAAUACUCAAGACAAAAGUGAUGAACCUAAAUGUAGGAGUAUUUUAGAUUUUUUCAACAAAGAAAAUGGUACAACUGCUGUGCAUAAAAAGGAAUUGACUGAAGAUAAAAUCGAAGAAAACUUGAAUAAUGUCAUAUCCAUUAACGAAUUUUCAAUAAAGACACCUAAAAAACAUCAAAAAACACCAGUUCAAAAUAAAAAAUCUUCCAGGAAACGUAAUAUUGAGAAUGAGAGUUUCUCUGAAAAUAAAUGUGAUAAAGCCCAGAGGUCAAGCAACGAAGACAUGAAAAGUCAAGAAGGAAAUUUUGACUUAAAAAAAAGUUCAGAAGAAAACACUGAUAGAGUUGUACCUAAUGAAGAAGUCUUAAUUAAGUCAUCUAAGAAACGUCAAAGAAUAUCAGAAAAAAAGGAUAAUAUUAUUAAAAAUGAGAUUAAAAAAAUUAGAUUUUCUCUUGGUGGAAGUGAAAUAGUUGAAAAUGAGGGGGAUGAUAUUCAGAAGACAUGUAUUAAACAUAAAUCUUCAAAUGAAAAACCAAAUGAAAUCAUAUCCAACAAUGAAGUUUCAGUGAAGACACCUAAAAGAAAACGAAAUUUAUCGGUUCAAAACAGUAAGAGUGCUGUGCCUAAUGAAGAUGGUUUAAUAAGGUCAUCUAAGAAACGUCAAAGAAUAUCAGAUGAAAAAUGUAAGAUUUUUAGGAAAAGUUUGCUUGAAAGUGAGAUUAAAAAAAUUAAAUUCUCUGUAGAUAAAAGUGAUAUAGUUGAAAAUGAAGUGGAUAAUAAAUCUAAAUCUUCAGUAGAUAACUCAGAUGAAAUUAUACCAUGCAAUAAUGUUCCAACAAAGACACCUAAAAAACAUCAAAAAACUCCAGCUCUGAACAAGAAGAAAAUACCAGCUGUGAAGGAUACAACUUCUGAGAAGAGUUUAGUAAAAAAUGAGAGUAAUAAGAAGAAACUAUCUGAAAAUAAAUGUGACAAAGUUGAAAAUGAACAGGAAAAUACUCAGAACAAAAGUGAUGGAACUAAAUGUAAAAGUAUUUUAGACUUUUUCAAAAAAGAAAAUAACACAACUGCAGUGCAUAAAAAUGAAUCAACUGAAGAUAAAAUCAAAGAUCUGAAAGCAGUAAGUUCUAAGAAAGAUUCAAUAAAUUCUAAAGAAAUUCUCAUGAAUGACGAACAAAAAAUUAAUUCAGAUAAUUCAAACCUUAAUUCAGAUUCAAAUGAAACUGAGAAUAACAAUGAAUAUUCAUUACCUUCUGAUGAAGUUCGAAUUAAGAGAAAUAUUAAAAAAAUCUCCUUAAUACCAGACGACACGCAAUGUCAAGAAGGGAAUUCUGACAUCAGAAAAUGUAAAACAGAAACCUCAAAUAGAGUUGUUCCCAAUAAAGGACUCUCAAUAAAGUUGCCAAAGAAAAGUAAUGGAAUAUCAGAUGAAAGCGAUAAGACUUAUAGAAAAAGUUUGCUUCAAAGCGAGAUAAAAAAAAUAAGAUUCUCUAUCGAUAAAUAUAAUGUAGUUGAAAAUGAGCAAGAUAAAUCUUCAAAAAAAGUACCAGUAAAGACGCCUAAAAAACAUCAAGGAAUACCAGUCCAAAACGAUAAAUCUUCCACGAAAGGAAAUAUCAAAAAUAAAAAAGAUAGGAGUUCCUCUGAAGUUAAAAGUGAUAAAGACCAGAAAAAGGAAGAAGAUAGUCAAAACAGGUGUAAUCCUAACUCUUCAGAAGAAAAUUCAAAUAAAAUUAUACCCAGCAAUGAAGUUCAAAUAACACCAGCUGUGAAGGAUAAAACUACCAGGAAGAGUUCAGUAAAAAAUGAGAGUAACAAGGAGAAGAUAUCCGAAAAUAAAUGUGACAGAGUUAAAAAUGAAGAGGAAAAUACUCCAAACAAAAGUAAUGGACCUAAAUGUAGGACUAUUUUAGAUUUUUUCAAAAAAGAAAAUAGUAUGACUGCUGUGCAUAAAAAGGAAUCAACUGAAGAUAAAAUCGAAGAUCUGAGUUCAACGAGUUCUAGAAGAGAUUUAUGUGAAGAGGUUGGUGUUCCAGAUUAUUCAAAUCUUAAUUCAGAUUCAAAGGAACAUGAGGGCACUGAUGAAUAUUCUUUUGCCGAUAUUCUAUCUCAGAUUAACUCAAAAAAAUUGGAGAAGGAGUUUCAUGAUAUCUUGGGGACUUCUUCAAAGCUGGCAGUUCAUGAAGAAUCAUCAAAUCCGGAUGAUAUUCUAGUAUCACCAAAAAAGAGUCAAAAGAAGUGUGGAGGAAGGAAACAGACACGGGAAGUUCAUGAGAAGUAUGAUGAUGAACAAUCAUCAAAUUCUGAUGAUGAAGAAUUCUCAGAUUCUGAUGAUAUUCCAGUAUCACAAAUAAACAAUAGAAAGAAGAGUGGAGGGAGGAAACAGACACAGAAAGUUCAUGAAAAAUAUGAUGAUGACCAAUCAUCAAUUUCCGAUGAUGAUCAAUCAUCAAAUUCUGAUGAUGAACAAUUAUCAAAUUCUGAUGAUUUUCUAGUACCACCAAAAAACAGCAGAAAGAAGUGUAGUGGAAAGAAACAGGCACAUGAAGUUCAUGACAGUUCGGAUGAUGACCAUUCAUUUAAUUCUGAUGUUGAAGAUUCGUCAAAUUCUGAUGAUUCUUCGGUAUCAUCAAGGAGGAGAAAGCAUUAUGGUGAAAGGAAAAGACAGUCAGUUUAUGUGAAUUCAGAUGAUGAGGAAUCAUCAAACCCUGAUGAUAUGUUAGUAUCACCAAUGAAGAGGAGAAAGAAGUGUGGUGGAAGGAAACAAGGAUUUAAAGAAAAGGCAAAGAAAGAGCAAGCCAUAAAGCUCAUGAAACAAUCAAAGUCUAUUUGGGAAAUUCAAAAGGAAUUAGAUAUUUAUAAGAAAGAUGAACUGCAAAAGAAAGUCGAGAAUUUGGUUAUAAAAAAUCCAUAUCCCUUAUCUAGAAUACAAGAGAUUAUACCUAUCACUUCUUAUUAUGUAGGCUGUAGGCAAAGACUCAGUGAUGAAGGAAUAACAUUGAAAUUAGGUCCUUUUUCUGAGAAAGAAGAUGAAAUGAUUAAAACAAAUUGGAAAGACUUUUGUCAGCAAAUUAAUUGGGAUGAAAAUGAUUAUCUACCCUUUGUUAGUGGUUCUGCAAAAUCCAAGUAUGGUGUCUUAUCACUUAAACAAUUUGAAUCGUUUGUACAAUGGAUUUCUCAUGAUUUUGAAAACCGAACAAUGAAUACAGUUUUUGAUAGAUUUCGAAGUAUAUACCUUUUCAAGGAACUGGACAAUGGAAGGUAUGAUGAAGUCGAUGAUCAAGUUAUUGAAGAAUAUCUGAAGGUCAACGACAGCAGUACACCAUUUCUUGACAUUGGCACUAUUUUGAACAGACAAAGAAGAUCUGUACGUUUAAGACAUCGCCUACUGGAAAUUAAAAAAAAAUACAGUAAUCAAAAAAUACAUUGGACCAAAUCUUUGGUGGAAAAGCUGAUAGUUACUCUAACAGAAGAGACCUGCACUAUCAAUUUAUUGGAGCUGAAAGAUCAUAAAAUUACAUCGUUAGAAUGGUUAAAAGUGGCCGAAAGAAUGAAUCUACCUCCUGACAAUAUCAGAAGAUCGUGGUUAAGUAAUUUAUAUCCAAGAUUUUUCUCUGAUGUCUAUACGGAACAUAAGGGGUACAUACGGGCUAAACUAAUUGACAUUGUAUCUUCAAGUUACCCCAGUUGGAAAGAAGUCGAUUGGAAAGCAGUUUCAGAGAAAAUGGGAGAAGGUUUUCCUCCAAUUACAUGCAGAAAAACCUUACAUGAUCUUGUUAGAAAUAAGGUUCCAUCAGUUAAAAAAAAUGAUUUCAAAAAAGCUUUGGAACACUUGAAAAAUAUAGACCUGGAGCCAACAAAAGACUAUUAUAGUUUUGUGAAAGAGAUAUGGAGAGAAACAAAAAAUGGGACUAUCCUACCAAGGAUAUAAGGGCUGGGCUGAAGAAAAUAUGUGAUGCUUUUAAUUUUUUUUUAUAUUUAUUAUGGCUGUAUAUAUUUUUUAAUUUUUAUAUCUAGGUGAUAUUUUCUCUUUGAAAUGUGACAGUGUUGACAUUAUUUGACAUAUUUUACAAUAAAUAUACUGAAA